GCCGGAAGUAAACUUCAGUCUAUUUUCGUCGCUCUAUCUAUGACGCGACAAAAUCGGUCACCUCCGCCUUCAGAACUUCUUGCUGGAAUAUAGAAGCGACGCACGGACUGCUAACUAGUUAGCUUGCUAAGGUAACCCUUUGGCGAGUGACGUCACAAUGUUGUCUCGAAUGUUAUUCUCGCUGCUCAACAACCUCCAUGUUGUUGAGAAACUGGCAGAAUCUCGCCCGAUCCGCAGGGCAGCACAGAUUACAGCCUACGCCAUCACCAAGGCUCAUAUAUUCGGCCGGGACGCGUCGCAGCGAGUCUUGCGCUCCCAGACGCUGCGACAGGUCCGGGAGGAGGCUGGCAGAGCACCCGGGGACAUGGAGGACGUCGGGAGGCGACUCCGGAAAGUCCGAGAGACAUUUGUCAAGGAAGUGAAAGUCGGGUGGAAAGAUGGAUCCCGCCAAAUUAAGAAGUAAAACUUUAUUGAAUGCCAUUUUCUGCUUUGAAGCUACAGCAGGAUUGUUUGUUGAGCAAUGUGCAUGAGGAUGUUUUAAGCACAAUUCAGAGCGCAAUUUAACCGCAUUUUGCAAAUUUAAUGUCAAAUCAAAUCAAAUGUUUAUUGGAUUCAUCUCUAUACAGUGUACAUCAACGACUAAACUACUGACUAAACUACUACCACAACUUGGUUUACUAUUUAUGAAAUAUAAUAAUGUAGGGUUACCUGUAACUUGAAAUAGGCCACCCGGCCUGAAUCCACACUUCCCUUAGUAAACCAAGUUGUGGUAUUAGUUUAGUCAGUAGUUUAGUCGUGGAUGUACUAUUUAUUAUAGUUUAUUAUUAUUAUAUUAUUAUAUUGUAUAUAUAAUAUAUUAUAUGUAUAUUAUAUUAUUAUAUAUAUUAUUAUUAUUAUAUUAUUGUAUUUAUUAUUAUAGUUUAUUAUGUAUAUUUAUUAUACAAUAUAGUGAUGAAUCCAAUAAACAUUUGAUUUGAUUUGACAUACAAUUUGCAAAAUGCGGUUGCGCAUUUUGCAAAUUGUGCCCAUUGGUAUUGUGCUUACAACAAGGACAAAGGACAGUAUCUGCAAAGAUGGACACUGAAUUGACUGAGACGGGAAGGGAUCUUUGCAAUGAGCUUUACGUCAGAACUACAUUUGAUUUCCAACAAUGGAACCUGCUGCUGCUAAGUCAUAGCAAAAUUACGUUUUGUCACAAUGACAUUUAAUUAUGAAUUGUUGUGACUUCUCAGUUUCAAGUACAAUGCAGAUAAAGAUUUUUGCAGUGGUUCUCAAACUAUUUUCAACAAGUAUCUCGGGAAAAAAACUUGGCUCUCCAAGUACCACCAUAAUGACCAACAUUAAAAUUCAGUCAAGCAGUAGGCACACAUAUUCAUCAAAAACAGGGCAGAGGUUUUAUUUUACAAUAUUUAAUAUUUUGGACACUGGAUGGAUGGAAUAUUUAAUAUUUUGGACACUAUAACAUUACACACAAUUAGAAAAGCAACAAUGUGUUGGAACAUAGGAAAAUAAAAGACUGCACUUGAAUCUGUUUGAGAAUCUCUUGCGAAGUUGCUUGAGAUGAUUCACGCUUCUACAGAGAUUCAAUAAAUAGCAUUAAAAACA